AUGUUUCGCUCUCUUCUACGCAGUUCUCGGCUCUCUCUUCUACGCAAUCACAUUGCUCCCGUCACUUCCGUCACUCCCUUCACUCCCUUCACUCCAAUUCGCACCAUGUCCGUACCAACAACAAUGAAGGCCGUAGUGGUCGAGCAGACCGGCGGCCCUGAAGUUCUCCAAUUCAGAACCGCACACCCUGUGCCAACCCCUCAGGCAGGCCAGCUACUCGUGCGCAACAACAUCUCGGGUGUGAACUACAUCGACACCUACUUCCGGACGGGUCUCUACCCUUCGCCCAAGCCCGAGGUUCUGGGCCGAGAGGGCGCCGGUGUUGUGGCCGCUGUGGGACCUGAUACCUCUGGGUUCCAGGUUGGUGAUCGUGUUGCUUGGCUCGCUACCCAGGGCUAUGCUGAGUACACUGCGGUGUCUGCUGCCAAGACGGUGAAGAUCCCCGAGGGCAUCAGUGAUGAGGACGUGAUGGCAUCGUUCUUGAGUGGAUUGACCGUUCUUGCCUUUGCAAAGGAGACAUACCCUGUCCAAAAGGGUGAUUGGGUCCUGCUCCAUGCUGCUGCUGGUGGUGCUGGCUUUUUGAUGACCCAGAUUUUGAAGACCAUGGGUGCCAACGUCAUCGGCACUGCUGGUGGUGCAGAGAAAUGCGCCCUGGUGAAGAGCCUCGGGGCUGAUGUGGUCAUUGAUUAUCGCAGUGAAGAGGGUCAAGAUUGGGUAAAAUUGGUCAAGGAGGCGACUGGUGGCCGUGGCGUUGAUGUAGUCUACGACUCUGUUGGCAAGGAUACCUGGGAGGGUAGCUUGGAGGCUGUCAAGCGCAAGGGUACUAUUGUCUGGUUCGGUAAUGCCAGCGGACCUGUGCCACCUCUUCCUCUUCCUAAACUCUCCCCCAAGUGUGUUAAGGUUGCCAGACCAACACUCUUUGGCUACAUCGAGACCCGCGAAGAGUUCGAGUACUACACCAAUGAGCUGUUCACUUUGUUGAAGUCUGGUCAGCUGAAGACCAAGAUCCAUAAGAUCUACCCUCUGGAGGAUAUUGCUCAGGUUCACAAGGAUCUCGAGGGACGGAAGACAAUGGGCAAGCCUCUUCUGCGGCCUUGA